GGGUCCCCUCCUCCCGGCCGCAGCUCGCUCUCAGCUACGCUGUGUUUGUGUAUGUGGAAUGCGGGUCAAGCGGAACUCUGAGCUCAAACUGCGCUUCACUUGAGACCCAAAGCCCGGCUCUCCUCGGCCUGACGUGCUCUGUUUUAGAGUUCCUGAUGGUGUUGGCUGUCUGUGUUGCAUGUUGUCAUCAUCAUCAUCAUCAUCAUCAUCAUCAGUGACUGUGUGUCCUCACGCCGGAGCUCUGCAGACAGACGACAAUGAAGAGAAGCAGGCACCCCAGCAGCAGCGAUGACUCCGACAAUGGAAGUAACUCUACCUGCUGGUCCCAACAUUCAUCACAGCACAGGAGAGGGACCGGACAGAAACCCUCUGAGGUUUUCAGGACCGACCUGAUCACCGCCAUGAAGGUGCACGACUCGCACCAGCUGAACCCAGAGGACUACUACGUCCUCGCCGACCCGUGGAGGCAGGAGUGGGAGAAGGGCGUCCAGGUUCCCGUCAGCCCUCAGUCCAUCCCGCAGCCCGUCGCCAGGGUUUUGGCAGAGAAGGGGAAGGAGGUCAUGUUCGUCAGACCAAAGAAGUUGAUCCGGACGUCGGGCGCCGAGGCGCUGGGCUACGUGGACAUCCGAACGCUGGCUGAUGGGAUGUGCCGCUACGACCUGAACGAGGAGGACGUGGCCUGGAUGCAGAUCGCCAACGAGGAGUUUUCAGAGAUGGCCUCGCCGCUGCUGGACGAGAUCACCAUGGAGCGGGUGAUGGAGGAGUUUGAGCGCUGCUGCCACGAAAACAUGACGCACGCCAUGGAGACGGAGGAGGGGCUGGGCAUUGAGUACGAUGAGGACGUGGUGUGUGACGUGUGCCAGUCACCUGACGGCGAAGACAACAACGAGAUGGUGUUCUGUGACAAGUGCAACAUCUGCGUUCACCAGGCGUGUUACGGCAUCCAGAAGGUCCCAAAGGGCAGCUGGCUGUGUCGGAUCUGCGCCCUUGGCAUCCUGCCAAAGUGCCAGUUGUGUCCCAAGAAGGGCGGAGCCAUGAAGCCGACCAGAAGUGGAACCAAGUGGGUCCACGUCAGCUGUGCCUUGUGGAUUCCAGAGGUGAGCAUCGGGAAUCCAGAGAAGAUGGAGCCGAUCACCAACGUGUCGCACAUCCCCAGUAACAGAUGGGCUCUGAUCUGCUGCCUGUGUAAAGAGAAGACUGGAGCGUGUAUACAGUGCUCAGCCAAAAAUUGCCGGACUGCCUUCCACGUGACGUGCGGCCUCCACGCCAGCCUUGAAAUGAACACCAUCCUCACCGAGGACGACGAGGUCAAGUUCAAGUCUUACUGCCCCAAACACUCUGGGCUGGAUGGCGCCGAGUCCAGAGACAGAGACUCGGGAGGCGAGGAGGAGAAGGAGAGCACCAGAGACAAGAAGGGACGGAGAAGAGGCAGAGUCAGAGGGGAGGAAGACGCCGUCUCCUCCUCUUCAUCCUCCUAUGUGGCUCCUCAGCACAUCGACAGAACGCCCAGCGAUCUGGAGGCGCUCGCCAGUCGCCAGCAGGAGAAGAGGGUCAGCCUCCGUAAGCUGAAGCUGCAGGAGAUGGAGGAGGACUUCUACCAGUUUGUGGAGGUGGAGGAGGUGGCAAGUCACCUGAAGCUGCCGCCAGAGGUGGUGGACUUCCUGUAUCAGUACUGGAAACUCAAACGCAAAGCCAACUUCAACCAGCCGCUCCUCACGCCCAAGAAGGACGAGGAGGACAGCCUGGCACGCCGCGAGCACGAGGUGCUGCUGCGACGCCUGCAGCUCUUCACGCACCUCCGUCAGGACCUGGAGAGGGUGCGUAACCUGACCUACAUGGUGACUCGGAGGGAGAAGAUGAAGCGUUCGCUGUGGAGAGUCCAGGAACAGAUCUUCCAGCACCAAGUCCGACUGCUUGACCACGAGCUGCUCUCAGGUGAUCCGUCGGCGAAGGAUCUGGAGAAGCUCUUCUCUGUGGGCUGGUUAUCGUCUCAGGGCUCGCAGUCUUGCUACUCCUGGACUCACUCUGGACUCAAAACCAAACGAAGCUCUUUGAAGCAGGAGAAAAGAAAAAGCCUGUCGGACUCGCCGCACACUCACAGGAAGGAAAAUCUGAGCAAACCACUGGAGACCAAGGACAGUAAAGGGCCCCGAAUUAAAGAGGCGGAGCCUGCCCACAACGCCAAACUCCACAGCUCUGACAUCAGCACAGAGCUUAAGAAGCCAGAGGUCAUCCAGGAAACAGUCACAGUCAAGCUGCACAAACUGGAGAGCAGGAAGGGCCCCAGGAGGGAGGCCCCGGGGCCCGAACAUGAGGCGCUGGCCCGACGGAAACGAGACAAUAACCACGAACAAGACGAGAGAAAGAGGAAGAGGAGGAGCGAUGUGACGGAGAGCUUCCCCAGCCAGGUGAAGAACAGGUUCGGCUCCAAACACCUGGAGAAGACCGUGUCCAUCCGGCUGGUCGACAUCAGGAACUCUGACACUGACGACUACUUCAUCGAUGAAGGAAUGACCAAAAGAAGCCCCGCCUCCCUGGACGGGACAACCAACACUAAACUCAGCAGAGCCAGCGAGGUCUCAGACUCUGCCGCUGCCACCACCGCCAAAGCUAAUGGCUGGCUGAGGAGAGCUCAGGCCAACAACUCACAUACGACCAGCAGACACAUGGGCGGACAUCUUCGAAGCUGGGGGAAGUUCAGGAUCCCCAAAAGGAGCAUGAGGCCUCUGGCGGCAACGGUGAAGGAACAGGAGGAGGUGGAGCCCCGCAAGCCACUGCUGAGGCCUCUGACCAACACGCCGGAGCCGUCAUUCCCCAGGACCAGACUCCGCACGGGGACAGAGAAUGACGGCUACGCCUCCGACUCCAAACCAGGCGAUGGUGACAUGGAGCCCUGCUUGAAGCGAUGCCACUCGCACCAGCUGAGGGGCGACUCGUCUCUGGGUCGCCGCUACGGGUCCGAAAUCAUCCGCCGAGGCGUGCUGGCGUCCUGAUGGCGGAGCUACACUUUGAACAUAAGCUGCACUGUGUUGGUGGGAGGAGACAGAUGGACGGGCGCUCUUUGUACCUGUUAUUUUCUUGAUGAAUCCGAAAAAUGCCUCCAUGAAAAAAACAGAGCUGAUAUUUAUUUUUUAUUUGUAACAUAUGUAAAUCUGAAAACUUUAUUUUCAGCUAGGUUUAUUUUUUUUUUUUUUUUCUUAAAGUAGAAAGAUGUCAAGUUGCCACUUAAACGCUUGCUCACAUUUUCAGAUCCAAGCAAAAGCAUCAAGCACGGAGACGUAGUGAUGGUUGCUGGGACCACACGCCUGCAUUGAACUUAUAGUUAGUGUUAAACUCAGCUGCACUUAGUGAAACCAGCCGACAGGUAACCUCCAUCUUCUCUAGGUCUUUCUUUAUCUGCUUCAUCCAACAGGAAGUCAAACUGCCCUUUGCUUACCUUGUAACCUCCCGCUGUCAUCAUUUCUUCAGUCUGCCAUGUUGAACACGCUCAGAAAAAGGAAUCCAGAACGACAUGACUGUCAUCAGCAUUUAAGUGUAAUUGAACUGCGAUCGUAUCGUAUCCAUCAUGUGCCUAACUUUGAUUUGAAGCGUUUGCACUACAACAGGACGGCACAGGUGAGACGUAUGAGGAGAGUUAUUUUUACACUGAAAAAUGAAAAAGCAUUUUGUACCCUCGGCCGCUGCUGUACUACUGUUAUGCACAAUGAAACUUGUUUUUGUCUUUGUCUUAAAGAGGAAUAAAAUCUCUAAAGGACCUGA